AUGAGGCCAAUCGAGACUGUGCACCCCAGACUGAGACAGAUGGCAGUGAGUGUGGCAGAGCGUGCAGUUGGGGCCAUUAUUGGGGCAGCAGUGGCAGAUGCAGCAGCUCAGCCCAUGCACUGGAUCUACAACCCAGACAAACUCAAAGAAGUGCUGUCCGAGCUGGAGCCCAGUCCUGAGUUUAGACCUGAGUCUGCGAACCCUUUUUACAGACGCACUACGGGAGAGCAGACCUGCUACGGAGACCAGGCCUAUGUGUUGCUGCAAUCACUCAGCCACUGUGGAGACGUUGAUGUGGCAGACCUGACCAAGCGCUACUACGAGUUCUUUGGUCCUGGGACCGUUUAUGACUUGCCUCUGAAUGACCCUUACAGGCCAAAAGAAGGUCCAAAAGUCAUCUUGCCCAUUAAUGGCCCAUGGAGGAACGGCAGUCUGAAGGCCUUCAUGAGAAAUGUGGAUGCUGGCAAAGAUGAAACAGGUUCUGAGACGGACUGUCAAAUGGAUGGUGUCACUAAACUGGCACCCAUAGUGGCCCUCUUUGCGGGACGUCGCGAGAUGUUGGACAAAGUAGAGACGGCCGUGAGGGUCACCCAGAACAAUGAUACCUGUGUGGCUGUGACUUUGGCGGCUGCCAGGAUUUUGGAGCACUUCAUCCUCAAUGGUCCCGAUGCAAACGUCCUGAAUGUUGUCCUGGAUCAACUAAAGAAUCCUAAUAGACAGAAUCCACAAGAUCUGGACAAUGCAGUCAUUGCUCAACUGAGGCAGUCUUCACAAACACAUGAGGUUUGCCUGGUGCUCUGCAGGGAGCGCUGCACGGGGUCCUGA